UUCAAAGUGAAAUGAAUACAACUGUCAUCUUCAUCAUCCAGUUUGUUUACAAAAUUCAUAUUUUUUUUACAAACUUGACGCAUAAUACUUUGCCGAUUCUUACUAUAUUAUCAUCGUGUAUAUUGUUUACUCCUGAACUUAUUUGCUCCUUUCAAACAUGUUUUCGUCAAAACGAUCCCAAGAAAAUGUACACUUAGAAAUGGAUUCUUUGAAUACGUUACACAUUCCUUCACAAGAAGAAUGCUGUUAUACUUCUUGUUAUUGUGAAGAGAAUGUUUGGAAACUAUGUGAGUACAUAAAAAAUAAUCAAGAAGAUCUCUUAUCAACAUGUUUUGCUGUUUUUAUAUCCAAUAGAAAUGAAAGUGUUCCUUUAUGGUGUCAAAAAUCUGGACAACAAGAAGAUAAUCUUGCAGUUUGGGAUUACCAUGUAAUUUUUGUACACAGUCCUGAAAACAACAGUGGGUCAGUGGUCUAUGACUUAGAUAGCACUUUGCCAUUUCCAGUGCCAUUUGAAAAAUAUGCACCUUUAACUUUUCAGUUUGACAGUCUUCUUCCAGUUUCACAUCAUAGGUUUUUCAGGGUCAUACCUGCUAAAAUCUACCUUGAAAUCUUUGCUUCAGAUAGAUCUAGAAUGAAAAAAGCAGAUGGAACGUGGAUUAAACAACCACCACCAUAUCCAUGCCUUACGACAAAUGAAUCUACAAAUAAUUUAGAAGAUUUUAUUAGCAUGGAUUCUUCAAGAGGUGUUGGAGAAGUGAUGAAUUUACGUAAAUUUUUAGAAAGGUUUUUAUGAGUUGUUAUAUUUUCCUAGUACUUUAAUGCAAAAUAAAUGCUUCACCCUGAAAUUAUUUUCAAAAAAAAAAGGUAAAUUAAGGCUUCAGUUUAUUUUUUCU